AUGAAUAUUGUACGCAAAGCGGUGAUUGAUGAAUAUUUAAAAGCGAAUGGGGCAAUGAGAUUUCCAGCUGUUUUUAAGUGGUCUGAAGUAUUUUUGUACGGUGAUUUCGAAGAUUUUUGUUCGCAGGGAAGAGAUAAACUUUACUUUCGUUUUCGACAACAAUGGAUUUUAGAAGUUGGAAAUGAAGCAGAAACUUAUGAUAAAGACGCACAAGCAACCGUAACAACACCAACAGCAGCUAUCGGUGUCCAAGUACCAGCUGAUGAUAAAGGUGGAGUGACAACAGGUGAACGUGAAAGAGGAUGA